GUAAACGGGGGUUUCGACGGGUGUUUUGUGCAGAAUAAGUCUGUGUCGUCGUGUGAAAAUGUCCAAAGCACAAAUACUGAGAUGUUUAGUCAACCAGAGACUCACUGCGGCGGCCGAAGAGAUCUGUGUUCUGUUUGAAAGGACGAUAGCAGAGUACGAGGAGGAACGCUCUCGUUCAAAAGAGGAGAACGAGCGACAACGGAAACUCCUGGACGCUGUUUUCAACCCGCAGCUCCAGGCCACAGCAGAUGUCCAGCAGGAGUGGACCUCCAGUCUGAACCAGGAGGAUCCAGAGCCCACACACAUUAAAGAGGAGCAGGAGGAACUCUGGACAUGUCAGGAGGGAGAGCAGCUCCAAGAGCCAGAGGAAGCCGAUAUCAACUUUUCACUUACUUCCAUCACUGUGAAGACUGAAGAAGAUGUCGGAGAGAAUGCUCAGUCCUCACAGCUUCAUGAGAGCCAAGACGAGGAGAAACAAGAGGCAGCACAUUUGAAAACAGACGCUGAUGAGGAACUCUGUGGCGGAUCAGAAUCAGCCAGUAACUCGGUUCCAAGUUGUCCUUUUCAACCAGCUACUCAUGAUGAGAAUUCAUCCUCCUCUGAAUCUGAGACCAAUGGCGAGACUUCUUCCUCUUCUGACUCCGAGACCGAUGACGAGACUUCUUCCUCCUCUGAAUCGGAGACUGAUGCCAGUAGUAUUGAUUGGGAUGAGACGGUGGAACCUCAGUCGGGUUCAAACCCUCUGCAAAACAAUGACGUACCUGUAAGUCAUGAUGAAUGUAAAACCGGAUGUGUGGAAGGAGCUAGAAGUUUGGGCCAUGAGGAACAUCUGCAGAAACUCUCACCCUUAGGAGUUCAUUCAGAUAGAAAGCGUUUCAGCUGCCCAGUUUGUAAAACAAGUUUCAGUUCCAGUGCCCAUUUGGUGAGACACGUGAGAACCCAUACCGGGGAGAAACCGUUCAGCUGUUCAGUUUGUGGAAAGAGAUUCGCACUUAAUCACCAUUUGAGACGACACCUGAUUGUCCACACAGGUGAGAAACCAUUCAGUUGUUCGCUUUGUAGUAAACAAUUCUCACAUCAUAGUAACCUGAAACAACACUUGACUGUCCACACAAGAGAGAAACCGUUCAGUUGUUCAUUUUGUGGCAAAGGAUUCUCACAUCACAGUAACCUGAAACUACACCUGACUGUCCACACGGGGGAGAAACCAUUUAGAUGUUCAGUCUGUGGAAGGGGAUUUGCACAAAAGGAGCAGUUGAGACAGCACAUGGUCGUCCACACGGGAGAGAAACCCUUCAGUUGUUCAGUUUGUGGGAGAGGAUUUACACAGCAUGGUAGUCUGACACGACACAUGAGUGUCCACACAGGGGAGAAACCAUUCAGCUGUUCUGUCUGUGGCAGAGAAUUCACACAACAUGGUAGUCUGAAACGACACUUGACUGGCCACAGGGGAGAAACCGUUUAGCUGUUCAGUUUGUUUUUCUAUUACAAUUCUACAAAGUAUUGCAAUUCAAUAUUGAAAUUAUUGACCAUGUGUAAAAGUGGAAUCAUACACUUCUUAGGACUUCUACUUUGGUAAAUCUUUAAAUUGAUUCUGUAAAAAUGUUUGAUUGUCAGCAUGUACGUCGUCAAACAUGUCCUCAAGUCUGAUGUCAGUGUCAGUUUUUUUUUCCCAAGCAAACACCAAAAAUAUAAAAAUGUUCCUCAAAAUUUUGUGGUAUAAUGUUUUUGAUUCAUAAGGGACACAUGUAACAUGUUUAAUACUCCUUGUGAGUAUAAAACAAAAUGUUUUUUUUUACAUAUAUUUAUUUUGUAAAUACUUUGAUAACUUGUCCAAGUCUGUGACAAGCUCUGUUCUCUUUAUACAUCAGAGGAGAACAUAUUAGACAAUAGUUAUAUAGUUAUAGAUAUUUA